CAAGCGUGCUGUUAGGCGCAUUUCUUGUUUACAACCGGGUCGAUUUCUUGGUCCCCGUAUAUUUUAUCUUUUCUUCGCGAGGCCUUAAAGGAUAUAGGCUGCCACACAUGGCUACGUCGCCGGGAAGGUCCCCCGCCAUGGAUGCGGACCCUGAGCCCAGCGGCCUGCUCUCCGCCACCGUGGUGGCCGGCCUCAAGAACCUGGGAGGCAUCAUCUCGCCCCCACUGACCAAGCUGCUCAUUGCGAACUCUCUGAAACUGACCCUACAUCCGGAUGCCACCAUUGCACCCGUUCCCGAGCUCUAUGCCAGCAAUGCCGCCUGCGCCAAACAGAGCGAGUACGCGGUGGUCACCCUCUACGCCCUGGCCACCAAGCACGGCUGGGACGGGCUCCAGCUUCGCCAGCAGCUGGAGCAACUGGCCCUGGACGCCGGCGCCGUCGACGAACUGAGCCGCGUGUUCGAGGACAACCGCAAGGAGCUAAUCCUUCGCCAGCUGCAGCUGGGCCACAGCUUCCCGCACAUCACCGACAUCCAGUGGCGCAUUGUGUGCGACGUCAAGUCCUCCACCUCCGACUGCAGCACGGGCGUGGCCAACUUCCACAUCAAUCUGGGCAACUUCCGGCCGAGCAGCGGCGAGCGGGAGACCAUCGUGGAGUUCAUCUGCAACGCUGAGGAGCUGCAGUCGCUGAUCAACCGCCUUAAGGAGAUCGAGCGGCACUGCCACCACAUGGCCGUGGCCUAAAACACGCCCUCUUUCAACAUUCUUAUCGAUUAUAUUUCGCACAGCAUAUAUAACACCAGCAUUUGUCGGCUAUAUACAGUGUCGGGAACAGAAAACCUAAACAGCUAACACAGUCAUCAUCACUAAAAGGCU